AUGUCGAAGCUCACAACCAAGGAGGAGUACGCGGACCUCCUCUCGCGCUACGAUGCCUUUCUCUUCGACUGCGAUGGCGUCCUCUGGUCCGGCGACGACCUUAUCCCAGGCGCAAAAGAGGUGCUCUCGAAGCUGAGAUCGUCGGGCAAGCAGGUCGUCUUUGUCACCAACAACGCCAGCAAGAGCCGGAGGAGCUACAAGGGCAAAUUUGACAAGAUGGGCAUCGAGGCCAGCGAGUCGGAGAUCAUCUCGAGCUCGUAUGCGGCGGCUGUCUACCUCAAGGACGUGCUCAAGAUGCCGGCAGACCGAAAGGUGUAUGUCUUGGGGAUGGACGGCAUUGAGGAGGAGCUCAAUGCCGUUGGUAUACAGUACUGCGGUGGUACGGACCCCGAUGACAACCGGUUCCUGCCUGCGCUCGACUUUUCGUCGCUUCAGUCGGAGGAGGCCAUCGACCCAUCGGUCGGCGCAGUCCUGUGCGGCUUUGACAUGCACAUGUCCUACAUCAAGCUUGCAAAGGCCUUCAAGCAUAUCACCCGGCCAGGCGCUGAGGGACCCGUCGAGGCCGGCAAGAAGGGCGGCGGUUGUCACUUUAUUCUUACCAACGACGACUCAACAUUUCCUGCAAAGGGAGGGCCUUGGCCUGGUGCCGGGUCGCUCUCUGCGCCGCUCAUCUUUGCCUCGAAACGCAAGCCGACAAUCGUGGGCAAGCCGCAUCAGCCGAUGCUCGACACCAUCGAGUCCAUCUACAAUCUUGACAAGCCGAGGACGCUCUUCAUUGGCGAUCGCCUCGACACCGACAUUGCCUUUGCCAACAACGGCGGCAUCGACAGCCUCCUCGUCCUAACCGGCAUUUCGACGGUCGAGGAUUGCGACAAGCAAGGCAUUCACCCAAAGUACGUCCUGGACAGCAUUGGCAACCUCAACGUGUAG